AAAUGACAAAAAUUUAUUUUGCACGGGCGGUGGCUGAUGCUUCAACAAUGGACAAGUUGUCAGGAAUAACAACAACAUUGUGAGGGUUGCGUUGACAACGACAAAGGGGGAUGGUUGGAAAAGCAAUCAAAACUAUUACAACAUAAAUUUUGAAAAAAAAAAAAUUAAGUAAAGCAAACCUUAAUCAUCCAGACAACAAUUCAAGCAAUUCCUACAACGACGAUGACAGACGGGCAAUAGUAGCAACUUUGGUAACUUUGGUUUGAUUGCUCACAAAUCUAAUAAUGACAAACUUCCGGUUGAUGGGGGCUCAUUUUAAGGGUUGGGCAACAUGAUAUAGGUUAGAGGCGGCACAUCCAUGUGUGAUUGAGUGUAUUGGGGUGUGCACAAUUUAUUGACGGUAUUGGAUACAUGGACAAAGAUGAGUUGACAAAAAUUAGGUUGAGACAGAUGUAUAAUGACUAUAAGAUUGAGUAGAAAAUGGUGGAGAAGUCGCUAAAUAUGAGAGUCACGAUUAGCAAUUUCACAUAAUAACAAGAGUUCGACAACUUAGAGUAGACUGAAUUGACAAGAUUUAGCCUACAUAAAGUUUCUGUAGCAGUAUGGAUGAGGGCGGCAUUGAUAGUAAACAACAUUUCAAUGCAACAUGAUGAGGGAAGGAUGAUUUGGUUUGCACAUAGGCAUACCUACACAAAGGGGUGGCAACAAAAAGACAAACUAUUAAUUUAUAUGAAACAAAACAAUUUACUUUAAUGCAAAUGGAUACUUCAUCAAAAUUCAGGAGGUAAACAAGUAUUCGCAUCCAUCCUAUUCAUUAAUACAGUCUCUCUGAAGUCCAACACUCUGAAACGGAGAAAGCGGAAAAGAAAGAAGAAAAAGAGUAGGAUUUACUGAGAAAGAAUAGAGGAGUUUCUGUCACAAAAAGAAUCACCAUGUGCCCUUCAAAGCAAAAGCAUCGGAUAUCAUGCACCCAACAACACGCCACCAAAUCUUCCUCAAACCCAACUCCCGAUUGGGUCACCGAGACAAUUGCCGGCGGUUCCCUUCGCCUUGUCGACCUCCACACCGGAGUCAAUGGCUGGGCUUCACCGCCCGGGGAAGUCUUCUCCCUGCGCUGGAAAAACUACUUUACAAAACGACAAAAAUCACCCGGCGGUGAUUAUCUUCUCUCUCCGGUCGGCAUGGACUGGCUCAGGUCCAGCACCAAACUCGAUAACGUACUUGCCCGCUCCGACAACCGUGUAGCUCACGCUCUCGGAAAAGCGCAAUCUCUGGGUAAGUCAUUGAAGAGUUUCAUCUUCGCUGUCAAUCUUCAAGUUCCGGGCAAGGACCAACACAGCGCUGUAUUUUAUUUCGCCACGGAAGAUCCUAUCCCCUCCGGUUCGUUACUUCACCGGUUUAUCAACGGAGACGACGCGUUUAGGAACCAGCGGUUUAAGAUCGUGAACAGAAUCGUGAAAGGGCCGUGGAUCGUGAAAAAAGCGGUGGGAAAUUACGGUGCGUGUUUGCUAGGCAAAGCUCUGACGUGUAAUUACCAUAGAGGACAUAACUAUUUGGAGAUUGACGUGGAUAUCACUAGCUCGACGAUCGCCAGUGCGAUUUUGCACUUGGCUUUGGGAUACGUGACGUGCGUCACGAUAGACAUGGGGUUUCUGGUGGAGGCGCAAGCAGAGGAUGAAUUGCCGGAGAGGUUAGUUGGUGCAGUUAGGGUUUGCCAGAUGGAAAUGUCUUCGGCAUUUGUAGUUGACUCGCCACAUGUUGUGACAAAUGCGCGUGGGUUGGGUCCAGCCAAGGUUAAUCACCAUCAGAAAUCCGGUGAAGACGGCGGCGGUGAAAACGAGGAUAAAAAAUGUUGACAUUUAAGAAAAUAUAUUGGGAAAAUUUUCUAUUUCAUGUGUAUUUUUCGGAUGCUAAUGUGAUUCGGGUUCCCUCUCUCAUGGGGCUCCAUGGUUGUAGAUAAUAAAAUGGUAACCAAGUGUCGUAAGGAAA